AUGAAUAAUGAAGUAAUUAUCGGAACCACGGUGGGGCGUGUGUCGGCGGCGCACGCCGACGGAACCGGGCCCGUGGUCUUCUCCGUGCUGGAGGACGACGGAGACGGGCUCUUCCUCCUCAGCCCCCGCUCCGGAGAGUUCUUCCUCUCCCGCGGCCUGGACUACGAGCGGGAGCGGUACUACGCGCUCUCGGUGGGGGCGCGGCGCGGGGCCGGCCAGCUCGCCGGCGCCAGGGUGUACUUCAGCGUGGCGGACGUGAACGACAACGCCCCCGUCCUCCGUCCCGACGCCUACGCCGCGUCUGUGCUGGAGAGCAGCCCCGUCGGGACCUGCCUCCUCGCGCUUAACGCCUCCGACGCCGACGAGGGUGUGAAUGCAGAGCUAAGCUGGGCAGUGAUUGCAGGAGACGAAGAGGCAAAGUUUUCUGUGAACACCGACGGUGUCGUCUGCCUGCAGGGGGCGCUAGACAGAGAGAAAGUCUCCACGUACAAUCUCACCAUCCGGGUCAGCGACCUCGCCCUUCCCGUCAGUUCCCGCCUCACCAGCACGGCGACGGUCGCCGUCCGCGUGCAGGACGUGAACGACAACGCCCCCUCCUUCACCUCGCCGGGCGUCCUCCGCCUCCCGGAGGACACCCCGCUCCACGCCGUCGUCAUGGUGAUACACGCCGCCGACGCCGACUCGGGCCGCAGCGGCGAGGUGGAGUACGGCCUGGAGGGCCCGUCCGGCGGAACCUUCCGGGUCGACGGCGCGCGCGGCAGGCUGUUCCUGGAGGAGCCGCUGGACAGGGAGGCCGCCGAAACGCUCGUCGUCCUCCUGACGGCGCGGGACAGGGGCUCGCCGCGACGGUCCGCCUCCAUGAACCUGACGGUGCUGGUGGAGGACGUCAACGACAACGACCCGGCCUUCCCCCGGGGCGGCUACGGCGCGGCGGUGAGCGAGGACGUCUCCAGGGGGACGAGCGUGCUGCGGGUGCGCGCUCGGGACCCCGACGCGGGCCCCAACGGGCGCGUGCGGUACCGGCUCUCCCACAGCCACUUCUCGGUGGACCCGGUGCGAGGCGUCGUCACGGUGACGGACGGACUGGAUCGCGAGAAGAGCCCCUCGUACGUCUUCUCCGUCGUGGCGGCGGAUCAGGGGGACCCCCCCAGGUCUGCCGCGGUCGUCGUCAACGUGACCGUAACCGACGUCAACGACUGCGCUCCUCUCCUAACUCCUGAGUCGAUAACUCUGAGCCUGCCAGAGAACACGCCGGACCUCCCCCAGGUCAUUCACCAGGUACUGGCUGUGGAUGACGACCUCGGCGUGAACAGCCAACUGACGUUCUCCAUCGUCGGGGGAAACGAAGAGGGCCUCUUCUCCCUCUCUCCCGACGGCACGCUGCGCCUCCUCCGCGCCCUGGACCGGGAACGGAGGCCGCGGCACACGCUGCGCGUGGCGGCCGUCGACUCGGGCGUGCCCCCCCUGACGGGGACCGCCACCGUGCUGAUCCUCGUGGACGACCUCAACGACAACCGUCCGGCGUUCGCCCGGGACGUGCUCUCUGCUGCCGUCUACGAGGACGUCCCCGUGGGAACCGUGAUCGCGACCGUAACCGCCCUCGACCCCGACGAUGGAGUCAACGGCCAAGUGAGGUAUGCUCUGGAGGAGGGGAACGCGCCGUUUUCCAUUGACGAGACGUCAGGAGCCGUGGUCACCACCGAGGUCUUGGACCGGGAGGCCGUUGGCAGUUACGUUUUUACGGUGACAGGCAGCGACCUGCACCCCACGCGCCCCCUCGCCAGCUCGGCCACGGUGACGGUGCUCGUGCAGGACGUCAACGACCAUCAGCCACGGUUUCUCAACAGCCCCUACGUCGCCAAUGUCCCAGACACGGUGGCUGCAGGUUCAGUUGUGUGUGUCGUGCGAGCAGUGGACGCGGACGCAGGGAGAAACGCGGAGCUGACCUUCUCCCUGUUCGGCCACAACACCAGUCAGCUCUCUAUCAGCCCCUCCGGGGGUGAAAUCUUCACUUUGGACGUUCUCGGCGGACCCGACGACAUCACGGUCGGUGUCCGCGUGAAAGACGGCGGAGACGACCCGAAGGACGACACCACGACCGUGACCGUGCGGUUCCAGAACGCCUCGGAAUUCCCCGUCGUGACCGUGGACGCCCGCGGGCCCCUGCUCUCGGAAAACGAGCCGCUUCACACUCUGGUCGCCGUGGUGACCGGGGAGAGCAACCGAACAGAGGUGGUCUCGUACUACCUGGCUUCCGGACGCUUCGCGAAGGCGUUUGAACUGCACCCGGAGACGGGGGAGCUGACCCUGAGCAGCCCGCUGGAUUACGAGGCGAGCAGCGAGCUGCUGAUCUGGGUCGAGGCCAGAGAUGCGGGCCUGCCGCCAUUUUCCUCCUACGCCGCGAUUCGCAUAAACGUCAGCGACGUGAACGAUAACUCCCCGGUGUUCACCCAGAGCGUGUACAGGUGCGAAACCCUGGAGAAUUCACACGCAGGCCCCGUGUGCGAAGUGUCAGCCGCUGAUGCGGAUUCUGGGAUCUACGGAGAAGUGCGGUACAGCAUCCUGAGCGGAAAUGUGGAUAACGCCUUCAGCAUCGACUCAGACACCGGCGUUUUGGGAACGGUAAAAAUCUUAGACCGAGAAAAAAUAUCGGAUUACAAUUUAUCGAUUCGAGCCACAGACACAGAGAACGACCUCAACGCGGGCACCGCGGCGGUGCUCGUGGUCGUCCUGGACGCGAACGAUAACGCCCCUCGGUUUUCACAGAUCUUCUUCACGGAGAUCCCCGAAGACACACCCGUGGGGUUUACCGCCAUUCGGAUCACCGCCACGGACGGGGACGCCGGCGCCAACGCUCUCAUCGUCUACACCAUAAUCGACCCGAGCGGCAGCCUUCCGUUCGCUAUCGACGGAGCCAGCGGGAAUGUCGUCGUGGUGCGGCCGCUGGACAGAGAGACUCGGGACCGCUACGUCGUCAGGGUCAACGCUAACGAUUCGGCGUGGAGCAUCAGCACGGACGUCAUCAUCGAGAUCACGGACGUCAACGACAACAAGCCGGUGUUUUCCCAGUCCUCGUACCACGCCACGGUCACGGAGACUAAAACCCAGGAGGUGUUUGUCAUGCAGGUCCACGCCACAGACGCCGAUCUUGGGUCAAACGGGCGGAUUCUGUACUUCAUCGAACCCCCCAGCGAGUUUUUUGGAGUGAACGUGUCCACGGGCGACAUUUUAACCAAACAGCCUAUUUCUCUCCGUGAUUCUGACGCGCGCAGCCUCAGCUUCACGGUGCUGGCCUCCGACUGCGGCCCUGUGCCCUAUUAUAGUAACGCCACCGUCACCGUGACCUUCGUGCGCUACAACUACUACCCGCCUGAUUUUCUGCCCUUCAGGUCUCUGCUGUCAAUCCCCUUUAAUUUGGACGUGGGAACCCGAGUGAUCCGGUUAUCGGCUGUGGACCAGGAGUCUCACUCCGCCAACGGCAGCGUGGAAUACGCCGCCGGUGGAGGAAACGGCUCGUCGUUCUUUGAAGUGGAGGCCAGCAGCGGAUGGGUCGUGUUAACGGGGUCCUUGAGGCAGAGCCUGAAUGCGUUACUAACGCUCUCGGUCGCGGCGAAAGACAAAGGCGUCCCGCCCCUUUCAUCUCAGGCCGCAAUUAGUUUCCUAGUUACAGGGGAGAACCGCUUCGCUCCCCGUUUCCCUGAGCCGCGGGUCGCAUUCUCGGUCCCCGAGGACUUACCCCCGGGGUCCGUGGUGGGGAAGGUCCAGGCUGAAGACGAGGACGAUGGAGCGAACGGGCUCCUCCAUUAUUCUUUUGACGGCGGGAACGAGGACUCGCCGUUUUCCAUUGGGCAGAGCACGGGAUUGGUCACCCUAAUCGGGGGGCUCGACUCGGAAGAGCACGGGGUUCAUUUUCUUCGGGUCAGCGCCAGGGACGGAGGCUGGAUUCCAAGAGCUGCCAAAAUGAACGUCACGGUAAAUGUCACUGACGUGAACGACAACCCUCCCGUGUUUUCUGCUGCGGAGUACAGCGCGUCAGUGCAAGAAAACUCACCUAUCGGAACAACGGUCCUUCAGGUUGAAGCUGCAGAUAAAGAUUCUGGAGUAAAUGCCCAGAUAAGCUACUCUCUGGUAGCAGGACAUAUUGAUAUGUUUUUCAUCGAUUCCAGGGAUGGUACUCUCUCCACGCUAGAGAUUUUUGAUUAUGAACUGCAGCAAAACUUCGAAAUAACAGUCAAGGCGUCCGACUCGGGAAGCCGUCAGCUGUUCAGCGUGGUGAAAGUUCACAUCCAAAUCAAAGGGGUCAACGAGUUCAAGCCCACGUUCCAGAAAAAGCAGUACAACUUCUCGGUGUCAGAGGGAUCGCCUAAUCGAACCCGGGUCGGCAAGGUCUCGGCCGCAGACUACGAUCUGGGUCCGGAUGGAGACGUCUUCUACCUGCUUGUAGGGCAAAGCAAAAGGGCAGGCUUUGUCAUUGGUGAACGCAGCGGUGAGAUACUCACCGCCGGUGAUUUAAGGCAACAUGGCCACAGUCAGACAGUUUUAAGAAUCCUAGCAAAGAACUGGGGCAGCAUUAAUGGCUCUGACAUCGACGAAACCACUGUCCUGGUUAACGUGACGGAUGCCAACGAUCCCCCAGAGUUCUCUGCUGCGCUCUACGCUGCGGAGGUCAGCGAAGAUGUGGCGGUGGGGACAUUCGUCACCAGGGUGACCGCCAAAGACAAGGAUUUGGUCCCCGAGUGGAGCCGUUUUGUUUACAACAUAACCAGCGGGAAUGAGAACGGCUCUUUCGCUCUGGACCCUGUAACCGGGAUCGUCUCGGUUAGCGCCCCCCUGGACCGGGAGCAGCGGUCCAUCUACAACCUGACCGUCGUCGCCAUCGAUGGAGCUUUCCCUCCAGCCGCAGGUAGCGCGAGCGUAGUCGUAACCGUGAGCGACGUCAACGACAACCCGCCCCGUUUGAUUUCCGCGACGGGCUACGUGCGGGAGAACCAGCCCCGCGGCACGGUGGUCUGCGUCCUGAACGCCUCGGACGCGGACCUCCCGGCGAACGGCGGCCCGUUCACGUACUGGAUGGCGAGGCCCGCUUUCGGCGGCGCCUUCUCGCUGUCGCCCGACGGGGUCCUGUCCACCGCCGGGCCGGUGGAUCGCGAGCGAGACCCCGCGCACUCCGUGCUGGUGGCGGUGCGGGACGCGGGGACUCCGCCCCUGUCCUCCACGGCGACCGUUCGCGUGGAGGUGCUGGACGAGAACGACAACCCCUCGGCUGCGAGGCAGGUCUACGUCGAGGUGAAGUACUAUGGCAGCACCUUCCGGGGAGGCCUCAUCGGCAACGUCCAGCCUGAGGACCCGGACCAGUCGGACCUUUUCGACUGCAGCGUCAGAAGCGGGCCGGGGAACAUGUUCAGCUUCCCGUUCGGUGGCUGCGACCUGUGGUCGGCCCCGUACCAAGGGGAAACCACGUAUAACAUCACCGUCGAGGCCAACGACCUACUCCACCCCUCUGUCAACAACAGCGUCUACGUCAGCUACAAAGGCUUCACCAACGCCUCCAUGGACAACUGCGUCCUCUUCUACCUGACCUCGCCUGCUUUCGAGGAGUUCUUGUCGUUCAGUUAUUUGAGGUUUGUGAAAGCCCUUGACAGCCUCUUCAACCUGCAGGCCUCCAAAACCCACGUGUUCGGAGUGAAGAACUUAGGGGAUAAGAUCCUGCUCCUGGCAGCUGUUAAAACGUACAACGGGCAGUUCCUGAGUGGGGAGGUGGCCAGCGGCAUCUCGACCGCGCAGGAGAGAUCGCUGGAGGCUCAGAGCGGCGUGGAGAUCUCGCACAUCACGGGCGACCCCUGCUCGGUGAACCCGUGCCACAACGGGGCCGCCUGCGCCAAAAACGUCCACAUCAGCCAGGACAUCGCCGUGCUGGAGAGCCCGGUGCUGAUGUUCGUCUCGCCGAAAAGGGUGGAGAUAUUCAACUGCUCGUGCCCGCCGGGGUUCUGGGGAACGACGUGCGACUCCGACGUGGACGAAUGCGACGGGGGGGACCCCUGUCGAAACGGGGGGACCUGCGUCAAUCACCCCGGCGGGUUCCGCUGUCACUGCGGGCGGGGCUUCACGGGGCAGUACUGCCGCUCUGACGUGGACGAAUGCAGGAACAUGCAAUGCCACAACGGAGGGACCUGUCUCAACACGCAAGGCACUUUUCACUGCAGCUGCAGCCUUGGAUAUGAAGGUGAAUUCUGCGACGAGUUUGUUGACCCCUGCACAUCCUCCCCGUGUGUUCAGGGUAGCUGCAAAAAUCACCUGACUGGAUAUGUUUGUGAUUGUCCAUUUGGUGUCGUCGGUGCCCACUGCGAGGAGGAAAGCUACGGAUUCCAGGAGCUGUCCUUCAUGGAGUUCCCUCCCCUGGACCCCAGGAAUAACAUAAUCUCCCUGGAGCUGGCCACCGUCAAGCAGGACUCCCUGCUCCUGUACAACCGGGGGGCCCCCCACGGCUCCGAGUUCCUGGCCCUGGAGGUCGUGGGGGGGCGGGCGCGGCUCUCGUUCGACCUCGGGAGCGGGCCGGCGGCGGUGGUGACGGACAAGCCGGUGGCAGAUGGGUCCUUUCACAGCAUCACCGCCCGCAGGACGGGGAAGGCCGCCUCUCUGCGAGUGGACAGCUGCUCCGCUGACGAGCCGCGCGGGUUCUGCUCCUCUCGGGGCGAAGGACCUGGCAGCGAACGGACCCUCGAUGUGGGCUCCUCCAACAUGACGUUCGGCGGGACCAGGUCCCUGGACGCCAUCUUGCUGAGGCCCGCGCGGGUGCGCACUCACGACUUCGUCGGAUGUGUGAGGAACGCCAAGGUGAACAACAUCCCCUUAGACCCCUCCCGAGCCCUGGCGUCCUACAAUGUGCUGGACAGGUGUCCGCGUCGGGCGUCGUCACUGUGCGACAGCGGCACGUGUCGGAACGGGGGGGUGUGUCGCGAUCACUGGUCCCAUCACACCUGCGAGUGUGGGGACCUCUUCACUGGAACCAGCUGCCAGACAGAGGUGGCUGAGGACCACGCCUUGCGGCUCAACGGCCAGGCCUACAUCGAGUACGUUGUGAAGGAGAGCUACCGGAGGGACCAGCGGCUGAAGGACUGGGUUUCCGGAGAUGGCGGGAAGGCGGAAGGGACCGACGGCGGGUCCGGGGUGGAGGUGAAACUGAGGACUGCCGAGAGAGACGGAGCUCUGCUCUUCAUUUCGGGGAGAAAGGGCCGUGUGAUUCUCAGGGUGACGGACGGAAGACUCCUGUUCACCUCCAACCACAGCACGUCGGACCGACAGGUGACAGAGGUCGCCGCGGACGUCCCGCUGGUGGACGGGCGCUGGCACACGCUCCGCCUGUUCGGAGAGGGACGAGCCACCGUUAUCUCCCUGGAUGGACUCCCUGUCUUGAACACUACUGAAUCCACCCUCGAUCUCACCAUCGCCAAUGUGCACAGGAUUGUCCUGGGUGGAGAUCAUCCAGGAGAGAAUACAACACUACAACAGCCAGGUUUCUCUGGGUGCGUGCGAUCCCUCAGAUUUGGCGGCUGGGUCCUGCCCUUCAGCGGGUUCAGUGAGGUGGUAGAGGUGCGCCCCAGUCCCACGCUGGCACAGGGCGGGUGCGGUUCGGCGGGCGCGUGUGUGGGCCAUCUGUGCUCAGAGGAGGACGUGGCCUUCCUGUCCUGCCUCUCGCGGCUGUGCCCAAACGGGGGCGCGUGCCUCGUGCCCCCCCCCCGGGCGAACGGCACCUGCGCCUGCCUGCGCAACGUCACGGACGGCCUGUGCAAGCUGUGCCCCCCCGGGGGGGCGGGGGGCCGCGGGGUCUGCCCCGCCCCGCAGGCCGCCGGCGCUCCCGUCUGGAUUGCGGGCGCCGUCCUCCCCGCCACCUUCGUCGUGGCCUGCCUGGCUCUGCUGGUCUUCCUCCUCAGGCGCAGGGCGGUGUCCCCGCGGGAGAAACGGAGGGGGGGGCGUCGUGGGUCGCCAGCGCGGGCGCGGGCGAAGUGGGGGGCGGAUAAUGGGGCGUUCUGCGAGGACACUCCCCCACGGGCCUGCCAGCCCGACGUCAUCGUGGCUGAGAGACAGAGACCACGCCCGGCGGAGCGCCACCCGCAGGCCUGCACUGAAACUGACCCUGACCCGCCCAGCCUGCAGACGGACGAGCUGGAGUACUACGAGAUAGACAGCGCCUGCGGGGUCUCCUGCUCCACGCUCGGGGGACCGCUGAACGGGGGCCCCCGCGCCCCCACAGAGACUAGGGCACAGGGAGGGGGACAGCAGGACCCUCAGGACCAGGCCAGAGGGGACCGGCGGCCAAGCCUAAUCCAGGAGGUUUCAGCAAAGCCUCAGCCUCUGGUGCCUGAGAAUGAACCACCGGACCAGCAGAAAGCAGCAGCGUGUAGCAGAGGGGUGGAACCCCGCCCCACUUUCAGGCCUGACCCCGGAAUGGAGGAGGGGCCUCCUGUAGGGCCCCGCCCUUUCACCAGGAGGGUGCAGGCUUCAGGCCUGGUGGAGCCCCCCCAGGGUCUUUCCGCAGAGGAGGUGAGGAGACUAAACGAGCCCCUGGACCAGCCGCAGGGCGUCCGCCCGGCCCCUGGGCGGGGACACGCCCACUCCGCCGAGAUGACGGACAGCUCCGACAGCGAGUCGCACAGCUCGUUCACCUGCUCCGAGUACGGGUUCGAGAGGGGGCCGUCUUUCGGCAGCGAGUGGGGCUACCUCCGCGAAUGGGCCUCGCUGACGGCCCACGCCCCCUCUCCCCUCCGAGAGGACAUCCCAAUCGCUGACGUUCAAAGGGGGGCGGACAGGGCCUCCCCUGGGGGACCCCAACGCUGGGAGAGCCUGCUGAACCUGGGCCUGCACUUUCAGACCUACGCCCACGUGUUUGAGGACAUUGCGAAGCUGCCAAUCGAACUUCAGCACGAUUCUGACUGGCAGAGCGAGGCGGAGGAAAUCAUAUGAACGCCCUUUAUUAUUCCAUAAAUCUGUUCUUAAAUAAAUCCAUAAAUCCAUAGCGCUUGUUGCAUAUUCCAUAAAUCUGUUCCUAAAUAAAUCCAUAAAUCCAUAGCCCUUGUUGCAUAUUCCAUAAACGUAUUCCUAAAUAAAUCCAUAAAACUAUUCCAUUCAUAUUUAUGGAAUAUAGGUUAGCCUCGGGACCGGAUCGGAAAGGCGAUGGGGAAAUAUUCUCUUUGUAAGAGAGGGUGGGGCUUGAAGUUAAACUCCGCCCCAUAACGUUCCUCUAAAUGGAGGUUCAGUUUUUUUGUCCCCCCAGCUGGUGUCACUGUUAUACAGUAGCGCUCUGUGUGCAAACAGGCAAAUAAGUAAAUUUGGGAAGAAAUAAACUAUGGCUGAGGGUGCUUUCUGUGGUCCUAUAGAUUUGGUAGUAGAUAAUCACGACCAAUGGAAAUGUUAUAUAGAGCUAUGUGUAACAGCUUAUUACGAUAACGUUUAUUUAUUUUAUACUUCACAGUCUUCUUGAUUAUUAUGAUUCAAUUCAUUAUUCUCCUUAGAAAAUGCUUAAAUGCUAUAUGCCAAAUCUUACAUGCUGGAAAUUGAUAAUAUGAUGCAAUAGUUCCUAUCAUUUACUAAAGAUGAUCUUGUCUUAAAAAGUGGAUGGAGAGAAAAUGAGUAGAAUACUCAUACACUCUUUAUGUCGUUAUAAAAUAAAUGGAUUGAAAUUUUUA